AUCCUGCCCCCCCGCCCUCCGCUGCUUCUCUCCCUCUGCCAAGAUGGCGGCGGGCGCGGGUGGCGGAAGUGGUGCCGGCGCGGCCGGGGCUGCCUCGGUGGCCUCGCUGUGGAGCGAAGUGAACCGCUGCGGCCAGAACGGCGACUUCGGGCGCGCCCUCAAGUCGGUCAAUAAAAUACUGCAGAUCAGCAAGGAUGAUGCAACUGCUCUUCACUGCAAAGUGGUAUGCCUUAUCCAAAACGGAAGUUUUAAGGAAGCUCUCAGUGUGAUUAACACCCAUACCAAAGUAUUAACCAGUGAUGUGAUAGCCUUUGAGAAGGCUUACUGUGAAUACAGGCUGAACAGGAUUGAAAAUGCUCUGAAGACCAUUCAAGGAGCCAGUCAGCAGACAGACAAGCUAAAGGAGCUGUAUGGACAAGUGUUGUACAGAUUAGAACGUUAUGACGACUGUUUAGCUGUGUACCGGGAUCUCAUACGCAACUCACAAGAUGAAUAUGAAGAGGAACGGAAAACGAACCUCUCUGCAGUUAUUGCUGCACAGAGCACAUGGGAGAAGGUCGUGCCAGAGGAUCUUGGCCUUCAAGAAGCCACAUAUGAGCUGAGUUACAAUGCUGCUUGUUCUUUGGUUGGGCAGGCCAGGCUGAACGAGGCAAUGAAAAGCCUACAAAGAGCAGAAGAUCUGUGUCGCCAGUCUCUCUCAGAAGAUUCGGAUGUUACCGAAGAAGACAUUGAGGCUGAACUGGCUAUUAUUCACGGUCAGAUGGCUUAUAUCUUGCAGCUGCAAGGUCACACAGAGGAAGCCCUGCAACUUUACAAUCAGAUAAUCAAACUGAAGCCAACAGAUGUCGGGUUGCUUGCUGUCAUCGCCAACAACAUCAUUACCAUUAACAAGGACCAAAACGUCUUUGACUCAAAGAAAAAGGUGAAACUGACCAACGCUGAGGGUGUUGAGCAUAAACUCUCGAAGAAACAGCUCCAAGCAAUAGAAUUCAAUAAAGCUCUGCUGGCCAUGUACACCAACCAGGCAGAUCAGUGUCGCAAACUGGCAUCAAGUUUACAGUCACAGAGUCCCGAACAUCUCCUCCCUGUGCUAAUCCAGGCAGCACAGUUGUGUCGAGAGAAACAGCAUACCAAGGCAAUAGAGCUGCUACAGGAGUUUGCCGAUCAGCACCCCGAGAAAGCAGCAGAGAUUAAGCUGACGAUGGCACAGUUGAAAGUUGCUCAAGGCAGUGUCACGAAAGCAUGUAUCAUCCUGAGGUCUAUAGAAGAGUUAAGGCACAAACCAGGCAUGGUAUCUGCAUUAGUGACAAUGUAUAGCCAUGAAGAAGAUAUUGAUAGUGCUAUAGAGGUCUUGGCUCAAGCAAUUGAAUGGUAUCAAGAAUUUCAGCCAAAGUCUCCAGUUCAUUUGUCGUUAAUUAGGGAAGCUGUCAACUUCAAGCUAAAACACGGACGGAAGAAGGAAGCCAUCAGCGAUCUAGAGGAGCUGUGGAAGCAGAAUCCAGAUGAUGUCCAUACCCUGGCCCAGCUCAUUUCUGCAUACUCCCUGGUGGAUGGUGAGAAAGCUAAAGUACUUAGCAAACACUUGCCUUCUUCGGACACUAUGUCUCUGAAAGUAGAUGUGGACGCUCUUGAAAACUCGCAUGGGGCUACAUACAUUCGGAAGAAAGGAGGGAAACCCGCGGUUGAGAACCAGCAGAAAGAACAAGGCCAAGGUGAUGUCAAGAAGAAGAAGAAGAAAAAGAAGGGAAAACUGCCAAAGAACUAUGACCCUAAGGUUGCUCCUGACCCUGAGCGCUGGCUUCCAAUGCGGGAACGCUCCUACUAUCGCGGGCGGAAGAAGGGCAAGAAGAAGGACCAGAUUGGGAAAGGAACCCAAGGAGCAACAACAGCAGCUUCUUCUGAAUUGGAUGCUAGCAAGACUGCAAGUAGUCCACCUACAUCCCCAAGGCCUGGCACCGUAACGGCAGUUCCAUCUGGAUCAACAAGCAACAUGAUACCGCCAAGGCAUCAAAAGCCUGUUGGCGCAGCUGCCACAAAGAAGAAACAGCAGCAGAAGAAAAAGAAAGGAGGGAAAGGAGGCUGGUGAUCAUGGCAAGCAGGCUGUUUAAAUUGAAAUUGCCUGUCUUCCUUUUAUUUUCUUUUUUUCCAAUUGCGAAUGCCAAGAGCAGAAUAAAGGUCAAACAAAAAGCA